AUCCCCGCAGCUGCUGUGAAAGAAACGCAAGACUUAUGUGACAGAGCGAGUCUGUCAUGCAAGCCACACUCCGGUCAAACUGUGGCACCAAUGAAUUCGUCCCUUUCCUUACUUUGCAUGCCACUACACGGUCGGGUGCUGAAUUAAAGUCCUUUGGAUAUGCACUUUUUAAAGUCCCUGCGAGUUACAAACGCGGGUGUUUGGGAUUGGGUCUUGAAAGACGCUGUCAAACGGACUGAACCGGCGUGUCACUUACUGAGCCGAAGAAAAGCACCCAGGAUAUUGUACACAAGUUCAGCAUCGCUGCACCGGUCUUACAACGAACCCAGCCUGAAAGACAGCGAGCAUGCACACCCACAACUGCGUGCCUCUAAGAAGAGCCUGUUUCCAGAGCUGGAGGAUCUGCUGUUCUACACCAUCACGGAUGGGCAGGAACAGAUCUCUCUCCCAAAGUUCAUCACAGCGGUGAAAAGGACAGGCUUGUUGACCUCUGACCCGCGCCUGAGAGACUGCAUGGACCUCAUCCGUCAGUCAGUGCAGGAGUCAGUGGGCGGAGUCAUGAUGGACCGAUACCUCUUCAGGAAGUGUGUGGGCAGUAACAUCGUUCUCCUGACUCAAGCUUUCCGCAAAAAGUUUGUCAUUCCCGAUUUCCAGACUUUCAGCAACCACAUCAACCAGCUGUACGACAGCGCCCGGAAACAGAAUGCUGGGAAGGUUGCUGACUACAUCCCUCAGCUGGCUAAGUUCAGCCCUGACCUGUGGGGUGUUUCUCUGUGCACUGUGGAUGGGCAAAGACACUCUGUGGGCGACACAAGACUCCCCUUCUGCCUGCAGUCCUGCGUGAAGCCACUAGAGUACGCUAUUGCGAUCCACGAGUCGGGGACGGAGCACGUGCACCACUACGUGGGGAAGGAGCCCAGCGGACUGAAAUUCAACAAGCUGUUCCUGAAUGACGAGGAUCGGCCUCAUAAUCCCAUGGUGAACGCAGGGGCCAUUGUCAUCAGCUCCCUCAUAAAGGUAAGACUGGAGUGGAGGCUCCUACACUCCCUGAGUAACUUUCCUAUACUGGAUUCCAUGCCUCAGGUGAGCUGCUGUCUUCAGAUUGCAUUCUCAUAGGUUAGUUUUAUGGUC